ACUGACUAAGGAGCUAGCCAAUGGGGCUCUGCCCAAAUGUGUCAACUCGGGAGAGCGGGUCUAGCCUCUACUUGCGAAGUUGCGAGUGAGCAAGAAGGAGCAAGGAGUGGAAUUGGGUGGGAGAGUUGCCGCCGCCGCCGCCGCCGCCGCCAUGGAAGCCGGGUGGCAUCAGGACACGUUUCCCUUUUCAGUGCAGGAGCUGGGUCACUCUGCAAACCAGAUGUGAUUGGAAACUGAGAGCGGCUUGACUCUGGAAUUACAAAUUUUGCAUACCCUACCUGGGAGGCAGCAUGCUGUGAUGGGGCUAUAGUGAACGUUGCUUGCCUGCCAUGCGCCCUCCAGGCAGCGCAGACACUGGCUUUUCCCGCUCUGCCGUUCAAACCCUGUCUCGUAGCCACUGCCGGAACAUAAAGCAAAAGAUUUCUCAGUGGGAGGGUCGGGCAAAAGGGGACUGCCAGGAAGAGAGCCAGAAACCCAAGGACUUUGGGGUUAAGUAUGGCCAAGAGAGCAGGAGGCAGACUGUGGGACUUGGGCAUAGCAGGCACGGUGAAGGGCUAGCAAAUGUUCAGAGCCUUGGCUUAGAUUUCCGGGAAAACUCUAAUCUCUGCUGUGUGACUGAGGAGGAGGAGGAGAGCCUCCAAGAGUCUUCCGAGAGCCCUGUGGUUGAUCAACCCCCCAAUGGCAUUAUAUCUGAAGGUGAGGAGGAGGAGGAUUGGCAAGGGGAGAGGCUACCCCCAGGGAACUUCUACACCUCGCGGGACCUAUGGAAACAGAUAGAAGCCCUUCCUUCUGACAAAGUCCUCUCUGUAGCUUUGGACUUGAAAAGGAAAUGGGAAAGCUGCGGCUCGACGGAGAAAGAGCAGAACGUGGCUCCCACAAAGAGCUUGGAGAACGUAUACUCGGACGUUGAAGGCCAGGAAGGACGGCCAGCCAUCAACCCAGUACCCAAACCACGAAGGACUUUCCGAUACCUGUCUGAGAAGGACUGUCCAGUCUGCCCUGAUGGAGGCCACGCUGAGAGGAAGCCACUGGAGUGUUGGUGUAACGGUGGCUGCCCUGCAACAAACUCCCAUGAUUCUGAGCAGAGAGUGGCCGGCCAAGGGAUUCGAGGCAGAUCCAAGAGAAAGUCCUUUGAAUUUGAGGACAUCCAAGGCUACCGAAACCGACUAGCAGCCUUGGAGUACCAAAAGCUCCAUGAAGAAUUGAAUGGCACCACAAGUGUCCGUCUUUAUUGCACACAGUCAGAGGACAACCUCUAUGAGGACAUUAUUGAUCCUGCUAAAGAGAAUCUGUAUGAAGACAUUAAAGUGAAGCCUCUGUGGAGGAUCCCAUCUGCUUGGAAGUUGCCUCCUCCCCGGAACACCUUCAAACCACCCAAGUUCCCCCCCAAGCCACACUUCCUUCAUCGCAAAACCUUGGAGCUAAAGAACACACGGAUGUGCCUGCGUGGGAAGCUGGCAAAGGACACGACUCUACCCGUUACAUUGACUGAGUGGAAGUUCUUCAAAGCAGGCGAGGCUGGAAGCAGAAAGAGGAAGAAUCUUCCCCGGUUUGUUUUGAAGAUACAGGAGAUCUUUGACUCCAAGCGAGGGAAGAAGAGGGUGAAGUUGGUGGUCCAAACAGGAAAAGAAGUUUCUCCAGCCAGAGGUGAAACCAAUGGGUAUGACAGUGAACCAGAGAAUCUGCCAAAAAGUCGCCAUAAGCGCCUGCUGCAGGUGCAGGCUCAGUCUAAGAGGAAUCCACACUAUCAGACUCUGGAGCGGGACCUCAUUGAGCUCCAGGAGCAGCAGCUCUUUGAGCUCUUUGUGGUAGUGUCACUACAGAAGAAGCCAUCAGAUGUGACAUACACUCCACAGGUGAUACAGCAGUUUCCUAGCAAGCCUGACCACCCCUUUUGGCAGUCUAAGGACACUGAAGAAAGGCUGAAGGUCAUCCCCAAAUUCUGUUUCCCUGACCCCAAAGACUGGUGUCCAACAUCGGAAUCAAAGAGUGAAACCUUUUCCUUUGUGCUGACUGGUGAGGAUGGUAGCCGCUGGUUCGGAUAUUGCAAGAAGCUCUUGCCAGAAGGGAAAGGGAAGCGGCUACCUGAAGUGUACUGCAUGGUAAGCCGCCUAGGCUGCUUCAACCUUUUCUCUAAGAUAUUAGAUGAAGUGGAGAAGAGGCGUGAGAUGUCCCCAGCACUAGUGCACCCAUUCAUGCGCAGCGUCAUGGAGGCACCAUUCCCUGCUUCUGGGCGCACCAUCACUGUGAAGAGCUUCCUGCCAGGAGCAGGAAAUGAGGUGAUUGAGCUUUGCCGUCCACUAGACUCCCGGCUAGAACAUGUUGAUUUCGAAUGCCUGUUUAAGUGCCUAAGUGUUUCCCAUUUGAUCCAAGUCUGUGCUUCUCUGCUGCUGGAAAGGAGGGUGAUCUUUGUUGCUGACAAUUUAAGCACCUUGUCCAAAUGUGGUCAUGCUGUGGUUGCAGCACUCUACCCAUUCACCUGGCAACAUACCUAUAUCCCUGUCCUGCCAGCUUCCAUGAUAGACAUUGUCUGCUCACCUACCCCUUUCCUUAUUGGCAUCCUCUCCUGCUCCUUAACACAGCUCCAGGACCUGCCUAUCGAAGAGGUACUGAUUGUUGAUCUGUGUGCUGAUACAUUUUUGCAACAGGUUUCAGAUGAGGAUGAAAUCCUACCUCACAAGCUGCAGGCUGCACUUGUACAGAUCUUGGAGGAAAGGAAUGAAAUCUUAUUUCAGGAGCGGAGUUACACACAAGGUGAUGUGACUCUGGACUCCUUGGUAUCGGAGGCUUUUGUGCGCUUCUUUGUGGAGAUUGUGGGGCACUACUCCUUGCACAUGCAUGUCACUGAGAAAGGGGAGCGAGUAUUCCAGCGAGAGCCCUUCCGGAAGUCCCACACCUCCCGCAGCGUGCGCCAUUUCCUAGACAUCUUCAUGGAGACACAAAUGUUUGCUGGUUUCAUACAGGAUCGAGAGCUCCGGAAGAGUGGGGUUAAAGGCUUGUUUGAAGUUCGUGCCUUGGAGUAUUUGGAGAGCAUUCCAGAGUCUGAGCCAAGUGGGAUGAACAAAAUCCUUCGAAGUCUGGGUAGCAAAAUGAAAUUUCUACAAAAGAAGUGAGUAGUCAAGUGCAGAAUUGCUGCUAAGGAUGGUUGGAAGUUCCCAGCUGGCUGUCAGAAGGUGGGACCAUGUUGCCUGUUGCUGCAGAAUCAGACAGGAUGACUGGAAUUUAAGCUCAGAUGAGCUUCAUACAACUGGAAGAAAGUGCAUGAUAUCUGAGUGGAAUUCUUAAACCUUUGCUGUGCCUGAUCCAACUGGAGUAUUACUUGGAGAAACUAGACUUCUGUAUGUUUGUAGAACUGGUCUACAAAGGGGAAUUCAAUUAACUGUGUGAACCGUUCCUGUUUAUGCUGCUUGGCUCAAAGAGACUUUCCCUAUGCCCUCCUGUUUUUUAUAAAAGACUCCUGCUCAAAGCAACCUGAGGGUGAAGCUGAUACCUUUUUAAUAAGAGGAAUGAACCAUGAAUUAAAAGAUGAAUUCAGGAAGUGAUCUAUGGUGAUACUGCACUACAGAGAUUCUCUGCACCUGGAAAUUUCCUCUAAAACUGGAAAGGCAAACCUGUACUCUAGGGACUGCUCAUCCAUCUUCCUCUAGAAUGCCAUUCAGUCAGAUCCUCUGUUACUGGCCCACGUUGAGCCAGGUUCUCUCAUUAACUGUUAGCUUUACUUAUGUAUUGCAAAGCUUUCCAUUUUGCAAAUAUUGAAAGCAAGAUGAGGACUUCCACUUCUCCAUUUGCUGUAUUAGUUGUGUUAGCUGUUGUGAAUAUACAUGUUCUGUGCCUUUUUGGAAAUCUACCUUUAAUACAUACCACAUCAGGGGAUAUAUAUCAUACAAGAGUGGUGUUUACUUGCCAAGGAAAUGCCACUUGAUCCCAAUUGGGAGUAUGAAGACUUUGUAUUUUUUUAAAAAAAGGAAUUGAAAAUGAGUUGGUUUGGUUUGAUACAGAAUUAUUGAAAAAGACAAGCGAGUUUCUUACCAUGGCAUCUUGCUGUGAAAUGUGAGUGGGACAGAAAUGGGUUCUUCCCUAAAGGCAUUGUUGUUUACCACAGCUGAACAUCUGUCAAAAACAUUUUCUUCCUCAGCUAAACCUAGGCCCGUUGUUAUCUGCUUUUAGGAAAUACUGAUUCUUCCUGGUAGCUUGCACACCAUUUGCAAUAGCUGUUUAGGGUUUAUAAUGCCAAAUACCUGUGUCAUUUAUCUAAUCAACUAUGACAUAUAAUGUCAUUUUCUUAUUAGACUAUCCUUGUGUUUAAGAACUAGCCUGGUAGCCAUUGGUGAUCAGGAAUUGCAUGCAGGCAAGCCAGCAGGUUGGCGGAGGAGGAAUGGACCACGCUGUCACUCCUCUGAGCCCAACAUAGAUACCAAGCAGGUUGCUGGAGAAAGGAAGUCCCUGUCUACAUACCCAGCAUAGAAUUGAAGCUUUCCAUCCUUCUGCCAGCCUCUAGUAAGCGAUUAUGGGUGGGGGGUGGUUGUUGUUGCUUUGCAGGCUGGUAACUUUUGAGGGCUUGUUUACAAGGCAGUAUUAGACCACUUCAGCUAUUCUUGCCUCUGUGGACCUGUUGGAGGUAGCCAGAAACUACUUUCCAAUGGAGCUUUACCAUAUGUUUACACGUAUGAAAUAUACAUGUACAAUGUUACAUGUAGAAAAUGUGCUCAGGUUUAAUACAUGAGAGUGUUGUGCAGCUGUGGAGAGAAAAAAUUAACCAAAUAAGGGGGGUUGUAUUGAAGUGCAGAGGGCUGAUGUACUGAAUUGUUCUGUCUCUGCCUUACAGUCUAAUUGACCUCUGGGUUUGGGCGAAACAUGAAUUUGGGGUCUAUAUGGUUUUAUUGGAUGGCCUGUAUCUGAAAGGUGCUGUCUGUGCUGGGGACAGAUUGUGAAUAUUUGUUUUCUUGCAGUGCCAUGAAGAGAGCACUUAAAAAACAACAACAAGAUGAGGAUAACAUCAGAGAACUUGUGAAGUUUUAUCCUGAGCCAAAGCUUCUUCUGCCUACAGUGUUUCAAGGGGAAAGAAUGGGCAAAACCAUGGGCUUAGUGAUUCUCUACUAGUUUGGGAGGUUGGAUGCAUUAAAAGGCCUGGAAAAGAUCUGCUUCCCAGGUUCAAUUGUACAAGACCAACAGACCAUCCAGUACAUAGUUACUCAGCAGUAAGUCCCUCUGAAUUCAGCGGGCUUUGCUCCAUAGAAAGUGUGCUUGGGAUUUCAGCUUAAGGCUGAAAUCCUAUGUGCACUUACUUGAAAGUAACUAAAUACCUCUGAGUAAGCACACACAGGAGCAUAAUGUAACAUGUGAGUUCGAAACAUUUAAGGAAGUAAUUUUGUAUAAUUUACACGGUCACUUGUUUUAGAACCAUUGCUGCUGCUGCUCUGUUUUGAAUGUCUCAUGCUUCCACCUUUACAGAACUAGAUUCUUGAUAAGAAGCAGUGGAGCUAGUCAUUGAUUUUGUAGUACAUUUCAGCACUUAAAGUGAUUCUACUUGAUCAGAAGACCAGGUAGAAUGCCUCUGUGACUCUGUUGUUCACAUCCAUCUUUGGGAAAUGGUUGUGUUAAUCACCCACUCCAGUUGCACACUCCAAGAUGGGAAACGUGUGUCUUUCCUUCAACUCCAUGAAAACACUUUCAUUUAGACCAUGUGUACUUCUCAGUGGUGGUCUUUCUCCUGUGUGGUGCCUUUGUGUGUGUUUUGCAGCCUGUUUGGCUCAUUAUAGGUAAAGCCAUAUUUUGUGGUGUUUAAAUGAAACCAAAACUGUAUGUACAGUAAUAGAGCUAUAAUAAACCAAGUUCUU